CCAGUCUGAGCGGCGAUGGCGGCGGCGGCGGCGGCGGCAGCAGCAGCGGGGGCUGCGGGCGGUCGGGGCUCCGGGCCGGGGCGGCGGCGCCAUCUUGUGCCCGGGGCCGGUGGGGAGGCCGGGGAGGGGGCCCCGGGGGGCGCAGGGGACUACGGGAACGGCUUGGAGUCUGAGGAACUGGAGCCUGAGGAGUUGCUGCUGGAGCCCGAGCCGGAGCCCGAGCCCGAAGAGGAGCCGCCCCGGCCCCGUGCCCCCCCGGGAGCUCCGGGCCCUGGGCCUGGCUCGGGAGCCCCCGGCAGCCAGGAGGAGGAGGAGGAGCCGGGACUGGUCGAGGGUGACCCGGGGGACGGCGCCAUUGAGGACCCGGAGCUGGAAGCGAUCAAAGCUCGAGUCAGGGAGAUGGAGGAAGAAGCUGAGAAGCUAAAAGAGCUACAGAACGAGGUAGAGAAGCAGAUGAAUAUGAGUCCACCUCCAGGCAAUGCUGGCCCAGUGAUCAUGUCCAUUGAGGAGAAGAUGGAGGCUGAUGCCCGUUCCAUCUAUGUUGGCAAUGUGGACUAUGGUGCAACAGCAGAAGAGCUGGAAGCACACUUUCAUGGCUGUGGUUCAGUCAACCGUGUUACUAUACUAUGUGACAAAUUUAGUGGCCAUCCCAAAGGGUUUGCAUAUAUAGAGUUCUCAGACAAAGAGUCAGUGAGGACUUCCUUGGCCUUAGAUGAGUCCCUAUUUAGAGGAAGACAAAUCAAGGUGAUCCCAAAACGAACCAACAGACCAGGCAUCAGCACAACAGACCGGGGUUUCCCGAGAGCCCGAUACCGUGCCCGGACCACCAACUACAACAGUUCCCGUUCUCGAUUCUACAGUGGUUUUAACAGCAGGCCCCGGGGUCGCGUCUACAGGGGCCGGGCUAGAGCGACAUCAUGGUAUUCCCCUUACUAAAAAAAGUGUGUAUUAGGAGGAGAGAGAGGAAAAAAAGAGGAAAGAAGGAAAAAAAAAAAGAAUUUAAAAAAAAAAAAAAAAGAAAAACAGAAGAUGACCUUGAUGGAAAAAAAUAUUUUUAAAAAAAAAAAGAUAUACUGUGGAAGGGGGGAGAAUCCCAUAACUAACUGCUGAGGAGGGACCUGCUUUGGGGAGUAAGGGAAGGCCCAGGGAGUGGGGCAGGGGGCUGCUCAUUCACUCUGGGGAUUCACCAUGGACACGUCUCAACCGCGCAAGCUGCUCCCCCUGUUUCCCUGUGCCCCUUUGCCCCCUUGCGGGCUGCUCAAGGGUAGGUGGGCAUGGGUGGUAGGAGGGUUUUUUUUUACCCAGGGCUCUGGAAGGACACCAAACUGUUCUGCUUGUUACCUUCCCUCCAUCUUCUCCCUAGCUUUCACAGUCCCCUCCUGCCUGUUCCUGUCCUGCCAGGUCUACCACCCACCCCACCCCUCUUUUCUGGCUCCCUGCCCCUCCAGAUUGCCUGGUGAUCUAUUUUGUUUCCUUUUGUGUUUCUUUUUCUGUUUUGAGUGUCUUUCUUUGCAGGUUUCUGUAGCCGGAAGAUCUCCGAUCCGCUCCCAGCGGCUCCAGUGUAAAUUCCCCUUUCCCCUGGGGAAAUGCACUACCUUGUUUUGGGGGGUUUUGGGGUGUUUUUUGUUUUUCAGUUUUUUGUUUUGUUUUGUUUUCCUUUGCCUUUUUUUCCCUUUUGUUUGGAGGGAAUGGGAGGAAGUGGGGACAGGGAGGUGGGAGGUGGAUUUUGUUUAUUUUUUUAGCUCAUUUCCAGGGGGUGGGAGUUUUUUUUUUAAUAUGUGUCAUGAAUAAAGUUGUUUUUGAAAAUAAAAAAUGUUUGGCCUUUUGGGUGUAUGGAUUAUUUAUCUUCCUGUUGUCUCUUAAAUCCCAGAUGGCUGUUAAUUCUCCUUUCUGGAAAUGCUGGUGUUGUGGAGGGGAAGUUCCCACCUAAGGAGUAGGAGUCAGAACUACAACUAGCAGGAACAUUGUGCGUUUAGCUGAGCUUGAUGGGGUUUUCUGGAAAGCAUGUAGCCCUGAUUGGCAUUUGAGAGGCCCUGUCCUCAGCUGGAGACUCCCCUGGCAGCACCCCUGCUCUCACCGGACAGUGGUAGGGAUGACUUCAGCAGCAAGGAGCGUGCUGAGGAUGCCAGCAGCUUGGGAGGAGAAGAGGCCAAGGACGGAGAAGGUGGUGAUGGCAGCCUCGUUCAGAUCUGGAGGAGCAAGAGAUGGAGCGUGUGAACAGAGGGGACAUGGGUUCAAUCCCUGGUCCAGGAAGAUCCCACAUGCCGGAGCAACUAAGCCCGUGUGCCACAACUACUGAGCCUGUGCUCUAGAGCCCGUGAGCCACAACUACUGAGCCCCCGUGCCACAACUACUGAAGCCUGUGCGCCUAGAGCCCGUGCUCCGCAACAAGAGAAGCCACUGCAAGGAGAAGCCUGCGCACCACAAAGAAGAGUACCCCCCGCUCGCUGCAACUAGAGAAAGCCUGCGCGCAGCAACAAAGACCCCACGUAGCCAAAAAAAAAAGUGUAUCUGUUCAUGUCCCUUUCCUACUUAACAGCCUUCAAUGUCUUCUCACUGUCAAGGUAAAUACUAAUUUUCUAGA